UAUACCGACUGGGCCAACCACUAUCUGGAAAAAUCACGAAGUAAAAAGCGGGUUAGUUCGUUAGCAACUGACUGUAGUGACGGUGUUCUUCUGGCAGAGGUCAUCGAGUCUGUCACUUGUCAAAAAAUCCCUGACAUCAACAGGAAACCGAAAUCUCCAUCACAAAUGUUGGAGAACAUCAACUUAUGUCUAAACGUCCUUCGCAGUCAGCAUGUCGCCGGCGUGGAAGGAGUUUCGGCUCAAGAGUUGCGCGAUGGGAAGCUGAAAGCGAUUCUGGCCCUCUUUUUCGCGCUCUCGCGACACAAACAAGCGGCUAAAGCUAGAGCGCAACAGCAGCUGGGUGAAAUGACGCCCAAUAGAUCAUCGGCAAUACCCCACAAAGGUGGCAGCAGUAUCCCUUUGCCUGGUUCUGCUAUACCUGCUCGAAGAUGUCCUCCAGAUAAAGUGAGACCAGUUGCAAGUAGCAGCAGAAGUUCUAGUCCUGCGCUGUCAAUGAUACCACGAGCACCACCAACGCAAAUCGCCAGCCCUUAUCAAAGCAGCGGACACACUCAAAAAAAUUCUAUGUUAGACAAGCUCAAAUUAUUCAAAAAUAACGAUAAACCAGCUCCAGUAGCCAAUGGUAAAAGAACCAGCAGUUCAAGUGGAGUAUCAUCAGCAAGGAGUGAACGUAGCGAUUCCAGUGUGAGCUUAGAACCUAACUUAGACUUGAAACCGGUACGUAAUACAUCUAGACUGAAACAAACUCGUCCUGGUAAGCCCACUCAGUCGAAAAAUAGCCCAAACUCAACGAAAAAAGAAAUCCCAGUUAAUAAAACCAACAAAACUGCUAUAGAUGUGGAAAAACAUGCACACAAAGUUGCCAAUCUUUCUGCUACUAAACUCACUGAACCAAAAGUUAGAGUUACCAUAAACAAAGAUAGUUCCAUAAAAAGCAAUCAUCUACCUCUCCACCCUCCGGCUGCUCAGCCCUCGCCUGGUACUUGCAUACCGAAGCCCACAGCAGCCGUAAAAGGUACCAGUAAAAUUUCAAGGGAUACCAGUACCCACUCAUUCAAGUUACCCAAUAGUACGGGAGUAUCAAGAGAAAGCUCUCAAGUAUCUUUGAAGCAGCAUAAACCAGCUAUUGCCCUUGUUUCCCCUAUUAAAAAUGAAAAGGAAUCCACCCAACUUUCUGAAAGUAGUCACAGUGCCAGUACUGGUCACCACAGCAAUUCUAGCGAAAGUUCCGUCAUAUACAAACCUUCCAGUGAAAGUGGUUCUGAACACCACAAUGUCAUUCCAAAUAGAAAAGAUCCAGUCACUUAUAUCACUGCGGUUACAGACCAAUCCCCACCUCCACCCGCUCCACAGACUCCAAAGGAGACAAUCAAACAUAUCGAUAAAACGCAAAAUAAUUGCAGUGCUGAUAAAGAAACCAAAAACAUAUCGUAUAAUAACAUAGUUAACGAGAAAUUAGACUUGUCGAAGGAGAUUGAUAAAGUUGCUGAAAACCAUAUCAGAGACAUCAACUUAGAGGAGAAAGAAGAAAAUAAUAUACUUUCUAUUGAACCGAUGAGGCCUUUACUUAGAGGUUACUGUAGCACGUUCACUUUACCUUCGAGGCCAAGACAGUACCAGAGAGUACAACCUGAUGGGGGAUCUGACUAUUGCGAAAUUUCUCUUGCUAACGGAUACAUGUCGGAUGGCGAAAUGUUGAGAAAUACUCAAGCGAUAGAUAUAGGAGAUGGAUAUAUGUCAGAAGGAGGGUCCGUUCUGUAUGCCAGAAGAUUGCAGACGAUGCCAGCUCACAUGUCUAAUGGAACCCACCGUCACCCAAUCGGCCUCACUGUGUUGACAGAGCAAUCGACGAGGAGGGGAGGAUCGCGCGACUCGCCACCUCCCCCUCCAGCACCGCGCGUUACGUCGAAAUCGUCCAGGAACGGCGUUUCCCUACAAGAUUCCAAGCAUAGUCAUCAACAAUGGAAAAGAUACACGGACUCUCCGGGAGUAGGCUCUCCCCCGCCACCUCCACCAGCUCCCACGAGUCCCAAUUCGGGAAGAAGGGAAAGGAGGGCUAGCCCCCACGGAAGUGGGGGCAGCAAGGAAAAGAACAGUAAAGGAGCGAGAGGUGUUCCGCAAAGCUUUGGUUACUUCAAGAGGAACGGGAACGGCCUGAAUGGCAAUGGUAAUGGAACUAGCAAUGGGCAGAACGUGUCAGUAAUCCAAAAUCAAUCAUCGGGGAAAACAGCAGCUGUAUCUGCCGUACCCAGGACCAAAGUAAAAGUUUCAGGAGGAACUCAAACUUGUUCGAGCGAUCUUCAACAAUCUCAUAAGGCCAGUCCGCCGCAGUUCAAGAGUUACUCCCUAACAGGCAACACUGCUAACCAGCUUAGUCAGUCAGUUAGGGAGCGGUUGAUGAUGGGCUCGCAAAGUCUUCCGAAAGGUGCUGGACACCAAGACUAUGGUCUUGUUAUGAGGCAGGGCCGACCGAAAGCAAGUGAUGGUUCAUUAUCUGAUACGCAAGCUAUCGAUAAUACCAGUCCAUAUGCGCCUUGGCUUCGACACAGCAAUACGUAUUCAGUUGCACCAAGAUUGUCAGAAACGGAUAGCAUGGAAUCAUUGUCUAGCCUUCCAGGACACAGAAGUAGUCUGACACAUGCACGUCUUUUGAGGGAUUCAUCUUCAAGACUGAGUAGGAGUAACAGCAUAAGAUCAACCAAAUCAGAGAAAUUGUAUCCCUCCAUGUUACAUAGAAAUAAUGAACCUGAAGCAGAACCUUACUAUUGCCUUCCUAUAGGGAGUCUGAGUCACUGGUCCCAGCCUACGAGUCCCGCACCAGGAACCGCCCGAACGUUUCCACUUUCUCCAACCCAUUCAAGUACCCCUAGGCAUAGCAUACCUAAAAAUGAUGAUAUACAUGGAUCUUCCAUAAGCUUGGUUUCAACGGCGUCUAGUCUUUAUUCUUCUGCAGAAGAAAAACAGGCACAUGAAAUCCGAAAACUCAGGAGGGAAUUAAACGAAGCUCAAGAAAAAGUUCAUACUCUUACAUCGCAACUCAGCACAAAC